CACGCCUUCUGAUUGGCGGAAACUAGCAGGAAGAGAGGAAGAGGACUCAAAUCUUGAGAGCUGUCAAACUGGGCUACUCGCUAACCUUCCAUCACUCGAGCUCACAUUUAGCAAUCACCGGCCUGUUGCUUUGUAGGAACUUUUGGGGUUUCGGGGAAGUCCGGCUAAAUCUGAGACCGUUGCUUCUGCUGCCUUUUACGAGGAGUCACUUUCCCCGAAGUUCCCGGAAAUACAGCGUAGAGGACAUUGGUGUGAGGAUGGCUGCGUACAAGAUUGUGCUGAUCCGCCAUGGAGAGAGCUGCUGGAACCAGGAGAACCGCUUCUGCGGCUGGUUCGACGCGGACCUGAGCGAGACCGGGGAGCAGGAGGCAAAGAGGGGAGGACAGGCCUUGAAAGAUGCUGGCUAUGAGUUUGACAUUUGCUACACAUCUGUCCUAAAGAGGGCCAUCCGCACUCUGUGGUUUGUCCUGGAUAGCAUCGACCAGAUGUGGCUGCCCGUCCACCGGACCUGGCGCCUCAACGAGCGUCACUAUGGUGGUCUGACUGGGCUGAACAAGGCUGAAACGGCAGCCAAACACGGGGAAGCCCAGGUCAAGAUCUGGAGGCGUUCUUUUGACAUUCCUCCCCCACCUAUGGAUGAGGGACAUGACUAUUAUCAGACCAUAAGCAAGGACCGACGUUAUGCUGACCUGACAGAGGACCAGCUCCCUAGCUGUGAGAGUCUUAAGGACACCAUUGCUCGGGCACUUCCUUUCUGGAACGAGGAGAUCGUGCCACAGAUCAAAGAAGGAAAGAGGGUGCUGAUUGCUGCCCAUGGCAACAGUCUCCGCGGCAUUGUCAAGCACCUGGAGGGUAAGGAGUAG